AUGGGCAAGCAGCUCCCGAAGAAGAAGCCGUGCUCCAUCUUUCCUUCUGCGAAGAAAGGUAAGACCAGGCUCCUUCUCAAGAAGAACUUCACCAAGAAGCCCGUCGGUGCGAAUGCGAAAACCAAGCUCUGGCAGAAGACUCCAUAUGUCCAGAACGGUAUUGUGCUCCGCAUGGACCGCAUGCGGUGGAAGCGAAAUCUCAAAGAUUUUCUCAACAAGGACGAGAACCACAUGGUCAAGAUCCUUACCGAAGAUGGACUCCUGCCGGACUGGAGUAAGAUGAAAUGCCCUUUCUGCAACACCAGCGCGGUGUCCCCCUUGCAGAAACGCGACAACCUUCCACCCCGAUAUCGUUGCCGAAGCCGACACUGCCACAAGUUCAUCUUGCCACACUACCUUCACCCGGUGUUCACAUCUCGCAAUGGUUCAGAAGGACAUUCUCUUUCCGUGCAGGGGAGCGCCUUGCUCAUGCGACUCGCCGGUGUCCCUCUUAGCAGCAUACACAUACUGCUCGACAUGAACCACAAAGCUCUUGAACGCAUGGAAAAGAACUUGGCCUUUGUGCGCAAGGCAUACGUGGAGCAUUGUCAGAAGUCCAUGAGCUUUGGGACGGGUAAAGGGAAGAAAUGGACCGAAGUCGAAGCCGAUGAGGCUGUCUUCGACAAGUUCCUCCUCCCUGCAGAAGAUGCAGAGGUGCAGAAGAAGCCAAUGCGAUGGGAACAGUGGCUUGGUAUGGUCGCCCGGGGCAAGCCUUCUUCAUUGGUGCUGAUCCGCUUACCUUCCACGGCAACUUGCAAGAGGGCACCAGGUCCUGGUGCUGUCAAGAAAGAGAGCUGGCUGAAAAUCGCCAACACCUGGCUCAAAAAUCGCAACAUCAUCCUUCACACUGACAGUGCCAGAAGCUACAAAGCCAAGAUUGCGGGGGUUCUCCAAGACUCGGUGGUCCACCAAAAGAAGCGAGUCUGGAAAGGCGGCAAGUACGUCUGGAAGCCACCGACCUUCGUGCGUCUCGUGAAGCACAAGCUGCCAGAUGGCCGAAAGAUCACUCUCAAGGCAGGGACGCAGGUGGUGGAUCGUGCGUGGAGGUACAUCAAAGACCGCAUCAAGCAGAAUCAACACGUCAAGUCCAACUCUACCCUCAUACAGGCCAAAGUUCGUUCCGCCCAGUAUGAGUACUGGCACAGGGGUAAGGAUGCUUGGAUGAGCACCGGGGAACUCUUCACGUGGUACAUGAACACCAUUGCUGCAAAGCUCUGA